CCGCUGCAGACGACGCACCCUAUCACAUUUCUAAUCAUCGGCGCUGGCAUCGCCGGGCUCUCCGCCGCGAUUGCGCUGAGGCGCGUGGGACACGACGUCGUCGUCCUUGAAGCCCUGGAACGGGAGAAGACGCGCGGGUACGGCGGCAUCAGGCUGCCCCCCAAUCUCACCAAGGUGCUCUUCCACUGGGGCCUGCGGAAGCAGCUGGAGGAGAGGGCGCUGGUGUCGCGGCUGAUGCACUACUGCCGGUACGAGACCGCGGGGUUCCUAGGUAACCAAGUGUGGGACACACAAACCCUGAAAGACACGCGGGGGACCUAUAUGGUAGCCACGCACGACGAUCUCCACAACAUUCUCUACGACGCCGCGGUCGCGCACGGCGCGCAGAUACAACACGGCGUGCGCGUCGCGGACGUCGACGCCGCACAGUCCGAGGUCGUUCUCGAGGACGGUGAGCGCAUACACGGAGACGUGAUCGUCGGGGCAGACGGCGAGCGCGGGAGGUGCCGCGGCGUGCUCCUCGGGGAGCCUGCGUCGGGGCGCCCGACGGGGACGGUGCUCUAUCAGUAUGUCUUCCUUUCCUUCUCGCACAUCACAGGGAAGGGCGGCUUAGGGUGGGAUCGAUCUGUGUGUCAUGUCAUUGGGGAUCGCAAGACGCUCGUAUGCUUCCCUGUGCAUGGCAACGAAGAGUAUGCGCUUGAAUUCUUCGGUUAUGAUGAUGUCGAGGGACAGUGGGACGAUGAGCCUAGCGUCACCAUCUCAGAAGUGACGCAAUCGAUCAACCCUCUGUUCAAGCCUCUCUUCGUGAAUUGCCCUCCAGCGGUGCGCAUAUCGGUCCGCGAACACGAAGAGCUCGAAGACUGGGUGUCCGAGGACGGCCCGCUCGUGCUCAUCGGCGAAGCCGCCCACCCGUUCCCCCCCGGCUCGGUGCAGUGCGCGGCGAUGGCGGUCGAGGACGGCGCGGUGCUCGGCCGGCUCUUCGCGCGGCUCACGCACCCGCGGCAGAUCGCGCCGCUGCUCUACGCGUUCGCGGAGGUGCGCACGCCGCGCGUCGCGCUCGUGCGCGCGCGCGACGCGCACGACCUCGCGUUCAUGACGCUCCCCGACGGGCCCGUGCAGCGCGCGCGCGACCGACGCAUGCGCGCGCUCACCGCGCAGGGCAAGAACGUGCUCGAGGACCUCGACGGGGCGCGGCUGUGGGAGGCGCUCUGCACGAUCUUCGGGUACGACUGCGAGGACGAGGCGGAGGACUGGUGGCAGCGGUGGGGCGUCCUACGGGAGGCCGCGCACGGGGACGGGGACGGGGACGGGGACGGGGGCGGGGCGGAGAGCGAGGAGAGUCGGCGGUCGCGCGUGGACUUCUCGCGCAUGUCGGUCUCGGUCUCGACGGACGAGACAACGACGACGACAACGACGACGACUGUAGAGGAUGACGCCCAGGACGCGCGGUGA